AUGCUGGCCACGGCCGAAGAGACGCUCUACCCACCACCAGCACUCGAGGAAGGACAGUCAAUCGCCCGAGUCGUCAAGGCAACAGGAAACAACAUAUACUCCGUCGAACUGCCAUCCAAGGAGUCAAUACUGGUUGAACUCCCAGCACGUUUCCGUUCUACUAUCUGGAUGAAACGAGGCACUUUUGUCGUCGUAGAUUCCACAGCGUUAGAAGAGCGAGAUAACAAGCUGUCUGGAGAGAUUGUGAAUAUAGUUAGGGACGACAAGGCAUGGAGAAAGGCAGAUUUCUGGUUCGUCUCAAGCUUGUAA